AUGUCUUACAACGAUAACAACCGCUCCUACGGCUCCGGAGGUAACGACUCCUACGGCUCGUCCAACAACGACUCGUAUGGUUCCUCCAAUACGGACAACUACGGCUCCUCUGGACAAAACACCGACUCCUAUGGUUCCUCCAACCAGGGCACCUUUGGUUCUGCCAACACUGACAGCUACGGCUCGUCCGGCCGCAACACCGACACCUACGGAAGCUCCAACACUGACUCCUACGGCUCCUCGGGACGCAAUACCGACACCUUUGGGUCUUCCAACACUGACUCUUAUGGUUCCUCUAACAAGGACACCUUUGGGUCUUCCAACAAUGACUCCUACGGCUCGUCUGGACGCAAUACCGACACCUACGGAAGCUCCAACAAUGACUCCUACGGCUCGUCUGGAAGCAACACCAACAACUACGGAAGCUCCAACAAUGACUCCUACGGCUCGUCUGGACGCAAUACCGACACCUACGGAAGCUCCAACAAUGACUCCUACGGCUCGUCUGGAAGCAACACCAACAACUACGGAAGCUCCAACAAUGACUCCUACGGCUCGUCUGGACGCAACACCGACACCUACGGAAGCUCCAACAAUGACUCCUACGGCUCGUCUGGACGCAACACCGACACCUACGGAAGCUCCAACAAUGACUCCUACGGCUCGUCUGGACGCAACACCGACACCUACGGCGGCUCCAACAACGAUUCCUACGGUUCGUCGAACCGCCAGGACGACUACUCGUCCAAGCAAGGUGGUGACAGCACCCUUGGCAAGGUCAUGGAGAAGGCUGGCGAUAUGUUGAAGAACAACUCCCUGCAGGAGCGUGGCGCUGAGCGUCGCGAGCAGAAGCGUGGUGAUGACUACUAG